CACAGCCGUGCACACUACUACAUUUCCAGCUAAUCAGAAGCGCGCAGUUGCAGAAAGGAGAGCGGUUGCCAAGGCAGCCACCAAUCUCCCCUCCCCCUUCUCCCUUCGUUCCUCUUUCCCGUUUAUUAUCGACAGAGGUCGCAUGGCAGAGGGAAGUCCAAACACUUCUGUACUGGAACCAUUGCAAGAAUAUGCACCUCCAUAACAAAGCCUCUGUGGAGUCCUGAGAGCAGUGGGGAAACAGAAGCUGCAAAUUUAUGGGCUACUAUCCAUUCGUACAAAAGGUUUAAUAAGAGAGGAUCUGAGUUGGAGGUUUGCUUUUAUUUGUUCUGGAACAGCGGGACAGUUUUGCAAACACGUGCGUAUCCCUGAAAUUUGUACUCUCCGUUUCAGUGAGUGAGUGUUUAGCAUCCUGGUGCGGGGCUCUGAGGAGGACUGCGCAUCAUCAGAGUUGGUGCAGAAGUUCGGCCGCGAACGGAUGUGAGGGAAGAGGGUACCGAGACAAACUCCCUCACUUCUCUUCUGUCUCUCCUGCUCUGUCGUUGUGCUUGUUGAGACAAUAGUGAGCCAAAGACGCUGAAAGUGAUUUCAUGCCUUCAGUCUCGCACAACCUGAGAUGGACGUGAGAUUUUAUCCUGCGCCCCCGGCAAAUGUGGGUUCAUGCUCCCUACCGACUGAUCCAAGUUGUCUGAGCUCGUUGGACUAUUACCACUCGAACAAGGCCCAGUUCAGUGUGGGUGAACGAGGGGUUAGGCUCCACACUGCCCCCCCUCCAGGCAUCAGUCAAGCUAGGAAAAGACUGCCCACUGCUUUGUUUGAUGGUGACAACAUGUACAUGAAUGACAGUAACCAAGAGUUUCGGUCACCAAACCAGAGCUACUCCAGUCAGGGCAGAGGCAGCAGUGGUGGUGGAGGAGGAGGAGGUGCAGGGGAUGAAGACUACGAGAUCCCCCCUAUCACACCCCCAAACCAUGCUGAUCCCUCUUUGCUGCACCUCAUGGAGCACGAGUCAGGUUACCCCUUCCAUUCCCUGCCUCACAAUGGCCUGCUCAACACCUACUCGUACCCCGAGUUGCCCGCCCUCAUGAUGUCCAACAUGUUAGGUCAGGACACCCACCUCCUCUCAGGGCCUAUGCACUCGAUAAGCAGUGAGAAGCGGUCCUCAGCUGAAAUGAUGAAACCCAAGCCCAAACCUCAAAAGAAGAAGAAGAAGAAGGAUCCCAAUGAGCCACAGAAACCUGUGUCGGCCUAUGCGCUUUUCUUCAGAGACACCCAGGCGGCCAUCAAAGGUCAAAACCCUAACGCCACAUUUGGGGACGUCUCCAAGAUUGUGGCCUCCAUGUGGGACAGCUUAGGAGAGGAACAGAAGCAGGCGUACAAGAGGAAAACUGAAGCAGCUAAGAAAGAGUAUCUGAAAGCCUUGGCUGCAUACCGAGCCAGUCUGGUUUCCAAGACAUACAAUGACCCUGAACCAAAAAGUGCCCAGCAGACCAGCCAGCCCUCCCACCUGCUGUCCCCGAAACAGCCCCUGUACACCGUGCCUCCCCAGCCCUCCUCACCCUACCUGGGUCCGCCAGGCACCUUCCCCCUGUCAGACCUCCAGAGCUAUGGCGGGCCCCCACGUCACACCCUGGCCCCGACCCUUACCCAAUCCCAGAUGCUGCCGCCCAGCAUGAGUGCCUCUCCCUCAACUCCCUUCCAGAUCAGCCCACCUCUGCACCCCCACGCCCAGCUUUCCCUGCACCAGAGCUCCCUGCUCAACCAGCCGAUCCGCAUGCAGCAGUCGCAGCCAAUCAUCUCACACCAAAUGGGGCUCCAGGCACCUUUGCAUUCCCCUCCAAUUACCCAACAGGGAUUCUCCCAUAUUCAGACUGAUUACCAGAAUAGUGUCGGGGGCUCACAGUCUCCAGGGGCCCCUAACCCGGUGCAUGGCCAGAACCCCGACUGGGACAGUGAGUACUGCAACAGGGACUGUGGACCAAACCACUGCGGUGGAAUGGGAGCCCGGGACAAGCCUCUCUACCUCACUUGAAGCUGAAAGGCCUCCAAAUGUCAGACUCCAGGGAGCUUUCCAACAUAACAACAAUGUCAUCGAUGUAUCUGAUUCUACACCGUUUUGUUUUUCUUUUUUUUCCUUCUGAUGGAUUUUCAGAAUUCCAAAGACUGCUACAGUAACUUCACCUAUUUGCCAAGCACUUAGAUCAGCCAGAAGCCUGAGGCACUUCUCUUGCUUUUUUCCUUAUCAGUGAGCUUUUUUUUUCCACAGGGUCAGUGAGCUUUAAGCUCAUGCCAACAUACUGGAAAUGAAGACCAAAAAAAAAUGUCUUCUCAUCUUGUUUUGAAUUUUUUAAGGAUGCUUUCCCCCCCUCUUCUCUCCAUUACUCUGUGUUUGCCAUAGACUGCCCUCACUGGGGAGAAGAGAUGCUCUAAGCUUACUCAAAGCAUCAAGGUAUUGAGUAGAAAAGCUAAUGCAGGAGACUAGAAUAUAGUCACCUCAGCAUGGGUGGAUGUACUUUAGACUGGAACACCCCGACUGAGUGAAAGGAAAUUUUAACGGAGACCACGACACAUAGGGUGUUUAUAAAUCAUCCCCAGUAAAGGACUCCCUCAUUUCCUUUAUUUUUCACUGAGUGAUUGUAAAUAUCACCAAAAUGGAUUCCUCCUAUGUGUGUAUUUAGCUGCAGUCCCUUGCAUUAUUAUUAUUUUUUUUAACAUUCUUUUUGUUUGGUUAUGUGAUUUUCAUGCAGGUGGAUUCAGUGAGGGAAUACACACACUAAAACUUGUGUUGAAACUUUGUUCACUGGUCUUGUUUUUCUCCAAACAAGGGAGAAAUGCAAAGACUGAAAGAUGCUCCCUUUCCUCCUUAAGUGGCGGAGCUCUGAGAGAGUGUCACUCUCUUCACAUGGCUUCAGGACAUUAUGGAACUCUAGAGGUCAAAGGUUAAAACCUCUCCUUUUAGCCCCUCCCCUCUUGUUCAAUAAGGACCGCCCCCACCUGUAACCCCGCCCACCACCCCUUAAUCCCAACACCACUUGUACAGGUGAAUUAAAAAAAAGUUGCUAAAUGUGAAAUGUUACUUAAGAAAAAAAAAGUGGGUUUUAAAGUUUUGACUAGUUUUAUUAGGUGUUUUAGAAUUGUGUUGAACUCAUCUUUAUCAUUUUUUGUGAAGAGAAAAAAAUCUUAAGAUAUUUUGUUUUUUCACUGUAGCACGAUUUGCGUUUCGGAGGAAUGGUCAUGGGAGUUAUUUUAAUUUUGUGUUUAAACCUACCAAAUGUACAUCUUUAAUUUUUAAAGCCAGUGAUGAGAGGGAAUGCUUUUUUUGACUAUCAUUUGUUUUACAAUAUGGUCAUUCUAUUUAAUUUGGCUGCAGGUUGCGCAUCUAUUUAUGAAUGAUAUGAAGAAAGUUUUGGCUUAUUUUUAUCAGGGUGCAUUAUUAUUAUUAUUAUUAUUAUUAUUAUUAUUGAUUAUUAGAAUAAUAAUUCUUUUUUUUUUUAGAAAUUGCCGUUGGUGCAAUAACAGUGUACCAGCAUUAGAU